ACAAAAAACAAAAAACCCCGCAGCUUCGGAGGUUUUCUGUUACAGCCCAUCUGCUGUUUCUUGUUUAACCUUCGCUGUAAUUUAGAAAAAUGUAACUGGAAGCAGAGUCAGUUGCGCGUUCUGGAGGCCUGUGUGGAGCAGCAGCCGGUCAGAAAAAACGGUGUUACUGUUUUUAUGCACGCUUCUUUCCUGUGAAUGUGGCAGCUAAGCUAGCUCUCUGAGGCUGGCUCGUCAGCGUUUGAGCUGAGACAAUCAGCCGGUGUUUACCGUCCACAUUAAAACCUCACACGUCUCCCUCUCAGCCUUCUCCUGCCAUAAUCAGCAGAAAUGGGAAUUCUGGGCAGCAGGUUUCAGCCGCCCUCUCAGGGACCAGAGGAGGCUGCAGAGGGCACAAGUGCCAGCCGCAAACAUAGCUGUGAGUGUAAGAAGAGGAAACGAAAUGCCCAGUGUGACUGCGACAGUGAACAGGAGGACGACGAUGCCAUACUCGACACUCCUCGCAGGAAGAAAUUAAAAAGCACAUCCAAAUACAUUUAUCAGACCUUGUUUCUGAAUGGGGAAAACAGUGACAUUCGUAUCUGUGCUCUGGGACAGGAGUGGAACCUCCACAAAGUGUACCUGUGUCAGUCAGGGUAUUUCUCCAGUAUGUUCAGUGGCUCCUGGAAGGAGUCCAACAUGAUGGAAAUCAAUCUGGAGAUCCCUGAUCAGAACAUUGAUACUGAAGCUCUGCAAGUCGUGUUUGGAUCGCUGUACCGUGACGACGUUCUGAUCAAACCCAGCAGAGUCGUCAGUAUUCUUGCUGCUGCUUGUAUGCUGCAGCUGGAUGGUUUGAUCCAGCAGUGUGGUGAAACCAUGAAGGAAAACAUCAGCGCAAAGACUGUGUGUGGCUACUAUGCUUGUGCUAGCAUCUACGGCCUAGAUUCAGUCAUGAAAAAGUGUCUCGAGUGGCUUCUAAACAACCUGAUGACCCACCAAAAUGUCGACCUGAUGAAAGAACUCGGGGUGGAGGUGAUGGAGCAACUCAUCCAGUCCUCAGACCUGUUUGUCAUGCAAGUGGAGAUGGAUGUUUACACUGCUCUGAAAAAGUGGAUGUUUCUGCAGCUCAAUCCGUUGUGGGACGGUCCAAUCAAGCAGCUUCUGGCUGACGCUGAUGCCUGGCUUUGCAAACGCAGGACAGAUCUGUGUGAGAAGGAGCCCUUCUUGAACACAGAUGAAGGGGUGCCUUUUCGGUCAGUGUUCAAGUUUGUGCGUCUCCAGUAUAUCAUCAACGACCUCGCAUCUGCACGCAUCCUGGAGAGGGACAACAUUUUGCCUCCUGAGUGGCUAACAUGUGUGUAUAAAAACCAGUGGUUCGCCAUGCUGCGGACAGAAUUUGAGAAUGAUAACGGUCCUCAGGAACCCAACAAAGAGGAGUUUGAGCUGAGCAGCAUGAGGUGUGGCAGGAAGCUGAUUAAAGAUGGAGAUUACUGCUGGAGGUGGACGGGCUUUAACUUUGGUUUCGACCUGCUGGUGACCUACACAAACCGCUUCAUCGUCUUCAAGAGGAAUACUCUGAGUCAGCCAUGCGGGGGCGCGGUCAGUCUACAACUUCGGAGACAUUUGGCAUACAGGUUACGUCUUGCCUCCUUUGACAACCGUGGAAAGCUGGUCUGCAGUCGCUCAACCGGUUACCAGCUGCUCACUCUCGAGAAAGACCAGGAGUAUGUGGUGAUGAACCUGGACAGCAGGCUGUUAUCAUUCCCCCUCUAUGUGUGCUGCAACUUCCUCUAUACAUCGCCUCCAUCAGACCACCGUCCAGACUCCUCAGAACAAGAAAGUUCUGCUCGCAGUUUGUCUUGAUGCUCGUUCAUCAGCCAUUAGCUGCUGCCAUUCCUGUGGUACUGCAGAGACACUUGACACAAACUUCAAUGUACAAUCCACGGCCUCAUUUAAUGCCAUUUUGACACUGGACAUGCAUGCUCUCUAGCUCAGUGAGGUGUUUUGGAGAAAAAUGUUUUGUAUCUAUGUCUACCUGGGGUUUACAGUAUAAUGAAGACCUAUAAGAGUGGUCAAGAGGGAUUGGACCACCUUUUGCUCUCAGAGAAACUUCUCUCCACCUUGUACCUCUGCUGUGAACUGUCUGCACUGGGAUGCUGGACCAUUCUUAACGAUGGAAAACCUCCAGGUUUUUGGAGAAGCUUAAAGUCUGCUCGACUCAUCGCUUAUAGACUUUAAUUUUAAGAUGUGGUCAUUAAGCAGACUUUUAGGGUUUGAAUUUACACUUUGUUUUUCACUGUGUACAGGGCAUUGUCAUCUGGGAACAUGGAAACAUGAACAAACACAGUGAAACUGAAUCGUUCCAUCACAUUUCAGAGCCGUCAUCUGACCAUUUCCUAAAAGGGUUUUAGAUAGAAAAAUUGUGCAUUAAUUAAUGAUAAAAGUAAACUCAUCGUUGCAUUGCUGCUGCAUAAGAAGUCACACAGCUUUUUAGCGAAAUGUACGGCUGCUGGUAACAGCAGACAGACAAAAUAUGAAAUGACAAAUGCAGUAAAAAAAAGGCAGGAUUUUAUUACUGUGUAGCUUUCAUAGGUCCCUCUGAGUUGGCCAUGUGCACCAGCAUCAAGAGUUUAAAAAGUCAGACUUAACCCAGUAAUCCUCCCUCGUUAAACCUGAGGUUGCAGUAAUAUUUAUUCGUUGGCCGCAUUUUCUAUUAUUACACCAGCUUUCUGAUGUUCACAACACAAUCUUUUUUCAGAUUCGCAAAAACAACUGAUAGAUUCUGCAGUAUUUACCUGUUUAAUGAUAUUGAGUCAGUGACCUGCUCUUUUAUAGUGCAGCUGCUUCCUGUUUUGCACUCUAGAAUCAAUACAUUAAGAACCGUUUAAGUUGUGUUUUUGAAUACUUACAUUAAUUUGGGCAAUAUUUGUUUAGUGGUUUUCUAAAUCUGUUACAUGGUUUUGAUAUCUAAUAGGGGUGAGCAUUAACAGUGAUUUUAUUUGGCCAUUAUUUAUUUUUUUUAACUUCAUUUUUAUUUGUGUGAAUGUACUUUUGCAAACAAAUUCUCCACUGCCAAUAAAUCUGCCCUCUAACAUGGGCUGUGGUGCUAUCACACAAUCGCUGCAUCCAGUGAAAAUCUUUAUUGCAGCUGCAAGGUUAUGUUAACAUGUCAGUAUCAACUGUAGUUAUCACAUUGGUGUGGCUAAUUCUAAAUAUUCAAUAAUUUGUUUCAUUUAUCAUGUGGUCACUAGCAUUCUUGUAUAUCCUCUGCACCCCUCUUUAGUCAGAAGGUUCAAAGAUCAGUGUGCUGGUGGCAUCUUUUGUUUUACUUGGCUCCUCUCCAGAGUCUGAUCUCUGCAGUAAUAAAUGAAUUUGUCUUAGAAGUCUACAGGCUGAAAACAGCCCGGGUCACCAAAGAGAUUCUUAUCUAAUCAAGAGUUCUGUAUUACCGCUUUACUGCUAGCUAAUCUAGAGCUGAACCCAAUCACUGCAAUGGGGAAAACAGUGAAAUCUGCAGAGGCAGCCAACGUAAGGAGAAAUUACCGCCCAACUUCUGCUACAUUAUAGUUGGUUCUCAGCCCUGUAAGAAAUAUGGGCUGGUUCCCAUAAGACACCGAAGCGCCGCACCAACAGUGGAACCAGCACCACAUCACUGGCGUUAAAAAAAAAAAAAAAGUGUAAAGAACACUUGUUUCACAGCUGUACAUUUUAUAGGAUGUAAAGGACCAAAAGUAAGUUGUGAUGUCAGCAGGCACACUCAUCGUCUACCUGCUGACUUCUUGGCUUUAACUCUGUUUAUUUUGUCAUUUCUACAAACACGAGUUCACGUCCGUGUUUUCCAGCUAGGCUGCAUAAUUCAACCUGUGCAAUUAAAAAGCUUUUCUAAGUAAGCAGAUUUCAAACUGUAACAUUAGUUGUGUGGCUUACAUCAGGUCUGCAGUGUGUUCAUUGCUCCUUUUAUAUCAUUUACUCAGGCUGAAGACCUGACAGUGUUGCCUUUGUACCACUAUGUGUAUAUAAUAGAAUAUACCCCACUGCUGUCAUUAAAAUACA